CUCGUGCGUCUGUGAGGCAUCAAAAGAAAGCGACGUCGAUCGUAAAUAGGUUCUACAUCUAAAGCUGAGUGUCGGUACUUUCAAAGAGCGCGAUAGGAAUAUACGUUUUAUUGUGAGUGUUUUUAAAACUGUUGGAUUCCAAGAUGCUGAAAGUGUCCGUCGUGUUGGUUUUAUUGGCUGCUACUGCCUUCGCCGAGUCGGUACAAGAGACAGAAACAUGGAUGCCUCCAAAGGCUGGGGAAUCACAUGAUGACCUGGUUUCAUCUGGUGAUUUCGUUUUUAAUAAUGAGGAAAGAGCAAUCGAUGAAGAGGACGAUUAUGAGGACAUUGAAGUCUAUGAUGAUAUGUCAGGUUCUGGUGAUAUCGAGACGAUAACGAAAACCUAUGAGCCUGAAGAAAUUGAUAACAGCAUCCCAGACAUAGAGCCAUCGGGUCAGCCUCACCCAACAGUUAAUGAAAUUAAACUGGUGAGAGAGAACGAAGUUGGUCACCAUCCCAGUGUCCAGCUGUCUCAUGCAGGAGAACAGAACAUCUUUAACAAAACUGAAGUGCUUGCCGCUGUUAUUGCUGGUGGUGCUGUUGGGCUGCUUUUUGCCGUGCUUCUCAUCCUUCUCCUUGUCUAUCGCAUGAAGAAAAAGGACGAAGGCAGCUACGAUUUGGGCAAGAAACCUAUUUACAAGAAAGCUCCAACUACCGAGAUCUACGCAUGAACAAAUAUGAACUCUGAACUCUCAAAUAUGAACUCUGAACUCUAAACUAACACAGUGCCUCUGACGCACAGCUAGGUUCCGUCUCUGUCCGGCUUGAGAAACCGCAAACCAGCAUCUCAAACGAAACAUGAUUACUCUGACUGUUGAUUUGAAUUUAACUUUGUCACAAGAGAAGGUGCUCUGUUGCAGCCUGUGCUGUACAAGUCCUGACCUUUUCUUUUUUGUGUCUGGUUUCCCAUUGAUAUGCUCAAAGUCAAUAGCCAUUGUGUUUCCUUUCUUUACUUCCCUGUUCUAUAACACUAAGAGGCGCAAAUGGGGCUCUGUGGGUGAAUAAUAUGGAUUCAAAGUCUGUGCAAAACUCUGAAAUCGUAAAAACUGACUUUGUUUGCACAUGCCUGUGUCAUUUAGCAGAGCUACAUGCUUCUGUGGGAAAUGUUACUGUAGCCUUUUGCUUUUAAAGAAAUUGUGCAGAUUAAUUGUCCAUUCUUAGUGCAAAGCGGUAGAAAAUUGACACUCAUGAAUCGAGAGCAUGCUGUGUAUGUUCUGAAAGUGACCCUUGGGCAUUAACGUUAAUGUUCAAUUUAUUUUUAACAGAGCAAAUAAGGUUUUCUUACAUUCCAUGUGUCUAUGUUGUGUUAAUAAUAAGGAGCAAGUUUCAGACUAAAAUGAUGCCUGGUCAUUGAGUUUUAGCUGCUCCUCUGACUUUCAAUUGACAGGCUCACAGAUAUUUGUAGAAUACCAGAAGAAAGAUCUCUGUAAACAGUUAUGUCCAGGGGUCUGUAAAUAGUCGUUUUUUAUAUAAGUUAAAAUUGUACACCUCGGUACUUGGCCAUUUUUGGCUAACUUCUAUUUACCAAAUAUUUAUAUGCCAAAAUAAUUCUCUUCUUGUUUUGUCUCGGUAUUGAGCAUACAAAUUAAACAUGAAGUGAUUGACUCUUCGUUGUUAUGUUGCUUUUUACCAGUGCAAAUUGGGAAUCUCAAAUUGAUGACCAGUCCUUAUACUAACUUUUGUUCUGUAUCUCAGUGUUUUUAUACUCAACUUUUUCUGUCUCUUCCAGUGUUUUAUAGAAUAAUACUUUUAUAUUAUAUUGUGUUAAUUUAACUUUUGAAUAGACUAUUUUAUUGCCUUUCUUCAGGUCUUGGGGUUUCUCCCCAUCGAAGCUGUAAAUGUGAUUUUUUUUUUUUUUAAAAACGGAAAUCUAUACACUAGUGGAAGAUUCUUUUCGAAGAGUUUUAAUGCAUUUUUUAUAUUGUAAAGGUUUUUAUUUCUUUUAGACCUUUUUAAUUGAUAAAUAUUUAUGUUUUUGUAGAAAGAUACUCAUACUAGUUCGGAGUUGAAUGAAUGAGCCAUGUUAUUUGCAUGGGGUAAAUGUAAGAAAAUAUGCUGCUUUUUUUUUCUUUAAACACAUGAUGUGAAAUCUCCAAUUUAAUAAAUGAAUCAGUGGAUUGUUGGUUUCUAAAUGCAGGUUCCUCUCUGAUCAGAAAUAAAGCUAUUUUUGUGCACA